AUGAACCUUCGCCUCCAUAUCCCCACCUAUUCCAAGCCCCCAAAUACCAAAAUUACCCUCACCGCCACCGCGGACUGCGGACUCAAUUUCCGCCGGAAACUUCUCUACCUCCAAUCCCUCAAGAUAAACCCCACCAAAGCCAUUCACAGAAACCCCAACCUCCGCUCCGCCCCUCUCUCCACCUUCCACUCCGUCGCCCAAUGCCUCUCCUCCAUGGGCCUCGAGACCUCCGCCGUCGGCCGUGUCCUCGACAUGCACCCCGAGCUCCUCACCGCCGACCCCUACUCCGACAUCUACCCGAUCCUCGAUUUCCUGCUCAACACCGUCGGGAUCCCCUUCCCCGACAUCCGGAAAUCCCUAAUCCGGUGCCCCCGCCUACUCGUCUCCGACCCGGAAGCCCGAUUGAAGCCCGCGUUCGAGUUCCUGACCGGGCUGGGCUUCUCCGGCCCAAACAGGCUGACCUUCCAGACCGCGCUGCUACUGGUCUCGAGCGUCGACUUCACCCUAAUCCCCAAAAUCGAUUUUUUGCUAGGGUUAGGGUUUGAGUAUGAGGAGAUGAGGAAUAUGGUGCUGAGGUUCCCGUGCCUGCUGACGUUCAGCGUGGAGAACAAUUACAGGCCCAAGGUGGAGUAUUUCCUGAAGGAAAUGAAUGGGGAUUUGGGGGAGAUCAAGGUUUUCCCGCAGUAUUUCUCGUUUAGUCUGGAAAGGAAGAUUAAGCCGCGCCACAGGCUUCUGAUGGAGCAUGGUUUCUCGAUGAGAUUGUCGGACAUGCUCAAGGUUAGUGAUGGAGAGUUCAAUGCUCGGCUGAUCGAUAGGUGGCUGCGUAUGGUAGAGAAGAAAGCGGCAUUGUAG